GCAGGGCUGCGGAGUCGGAGUCGGAGUCGGGGUCGGUCGGAGUCGACAGUUCUGCCCGGAGUCGGAGUCGGAGUUGGAGUCGCCAAAAUCUUACCGAUUCUGACUCCAGAGUCGGAGUUAACGCUGCAUGGCUCAGCGUCAUGCACUGCACCUGUUUAAUUGACGAUGCUGCGCUCGAAGUAAGAUUUUGUCGAAGAAAGGUCAUUUUGCUGUUUUGGACGAACGUUUUCAGCGAAGGAAGCAGAAGACGGUGAAUUCCCCAGAACCAGCUUCUUAAUUCUGCAUGUUAUUCUUAAUGCAAAUUUGCAACGCAACGCCUUGGAAAGCACAAGAGAUCGUUUCAGGCAAGAUAAAAACAUCUCCAUUAUGAACUUCAAUAUCAUGAUAGCGCUGACAAUGUGGCGACUGUGGGCGGUGUGUGCGGCGCUGGCCGUCACCGCCGUGUGGGCGCAGGAGGCAGAGAAGCUCACGCAGCCCAACCCGUGCACCUCCAAACAGACGUGUAGCGAAUGCAUGCAGACGCCCACCUGCGCCUGGUGCGCCCUGCCGGAGUUCAAAACGGCCGACGGUAAGCCGGCAGCGCGGUGUAACAAGGAGCAGAACUACAUCAACGGCCUCAUCACCUGCGAGGCCGGCUUCCUGAAGACUUGGGCCAACCAGGUGGAGACUCUGGAGGACGCCACGCUGAGCAGCGUGCUGGCGGCGCGCGGAGAGUCGGGCGCCGCCGGAGCGGCCGCCGGCGCGUCCGGCUCCGCCUCCGCCUCGGGCUCGGCCAGCUCAGAGACCUUCGAGGCCACCCAGAUCGCGCCGCAGCGCGUGCGCAUGUCACUGCGCGUGCACGAGGCGCACGACCUGAAGGUGCAGUUCGCGCUGGCUCCCAACUACCCGAUCGACCUCUACUACCUGAUGGACCUCAGCAAGUCGAUGGAGGACGACAAGGACAAGCUCUCCACGCUGGGCAACCUGCUGGCGCAGGAGAUGAGGAAGCUCACCUCCAACUUCCGGCUGGGCUUCGGCAGCUUUGUCGACAAGGUGGUGAUGCCCUAUGUCAGCACCGUGCCGGCCAAUCUGGAAAGCCCGUGCACUGGCUGCGAGGCACCGUACGGAUACCAGAACGCUCUUUCGCUCACCUCGGAUACAGAGAUGUUCGCACGCGAGGUGCGCGACGCCAAGGUGUCUGGUAACCUGGACGCUCCCGAGGGCGGCUUCGACGCCAUCAUGCAGGCCAUCGUGUGCAAGGAGGAGAUCUCGUGGCGCAGCAACGCCCGCCGUCUGCUCGUCUUCUCCACCGACGCCGGCUUCCACUACGCCGGAGACGGAAAGCUGGGCGGCGUGGUGAAGCCCAAUGACGGCGUGUGCCACCUGGACUCCCGCGGACGGUACACCCACUCGGACAUGCUCGACUACCCCAGCGUGUCGCAGAUCAACCAGAAGGUGAAGGAGAACAGCAUCAACGUCAUUUUCGCGGUGACGGCCGAGCAGCGUGAGACGUACGACGAGCUGAGCCGCCACAUCGAGGCCAGCUCGGCGGGCACCCUGUCCAACGACUCCUCCAACGUCGUCACACUCGUCAAACAGCAGUAUGACGCCAUCACCUCUUUUGUGGAGAUGAAGGACAACUCGACCGAGUUUGUUCGCAUCCGCUACUACUCGGCGUGUCGUGGCAACACCACGACCGAGACCAACCGCUGCGACAAGCUCAAGAUCGGACAGCAGGUCAACUUCACCGCCAAGGUCGAGUUAAUCAAGUGCCCGGAGGACCCGGCGCGCUGGAACGAUAUCAUCGAGAUCAAGCCGGCCGGUCUGAACGAGUCACUCAUCAUCGACCUGGCCAUGCAGUGUCAGUGUGACUGCGACCGGCCCGGCGGACCGGGCUUCAAGCCGGCCGCCAUCGCUGCCGAGUGCAACUACGGAGGUGACCUGCAGUGCGGCAAGUGCGUGUGCGACCCGCUGCACUUUGGCGCCUUCUGCGAGUGCUCUCAGAGCGACCCGAACGGCCGCAUUGGCGAGGACCAGUGCCGACCGCCCAACUCGACCGACAUUCUGUGCUACGGCCGCGGCGAGUGUGUGUGCGGCGAGUGUAACUGCUACCCGCGAGAGAACCCCAACGAGGAGGUGAAGGGCGAUUUCUGCGAGUGCGACAACUUCUCGUGCGACCGUCACGAGAAGCUGCUCUGUUCGGGUCCCGAUCACGGCAGCUGCGUGUGCGGAGAGUGCAGCUGUCUGGACGGAUGGACCGGCAACGCCUGCCAGUGUCCCGCCAGCAACGCCUCCUGUAUCGCGCCAGGUGACACCCGCCAGUGUUCGGGCGCCGGAGAGUGUGUGUGCGGCCAGUGCGUCUGUAAGGAGGAGCAGGGCGCCCGGUACUCGGGCAAAUACUGCGAGGACUGCCCGACGUGCCGCGGCAAGUGCGAGCUGUACAAGCCGUGCGUCAACUGUGUGGUGCACGACAGCGGCGAGCUGAAGGAGGAGGGGCGCUGUGAGGAGGAGUGCUCGCACCUCAUCAUCAACAAGACAGACGUGGUCGAGGUGGAGAACCCCGACGAGCGGAUAUGCACGUUCAGUGACGAGCACGGCUGCCGCUACCAGUUCGUGUACGGCUACGACGGGGAGACGCAGGUGAUCCGAGCGCAGGAGACCAAAAAGUGCCCGCCGGCCAUCAACAUCCUCGGUAUCGUUCUGACGCUGAUUGCCGCUAUCGUGGUGGUCGGUAUGGCCGUGCUGAUGCUGUGGAAACUGCUCACCACCAUCCAUGACCGGCGCGAGUACGCCAAGUGGGACUCGGAGCGUAAAAUGGCCAAAUGGGACACGGGCGAGAACCCGAUAUACAAGCAGGCCACGUCCACCUACAAGAACCCGGCGUACGGCGGAAAGUAAACAAACCCAUCAUCACACACCGGUGACAGAGUCACCAGCACAUCCUACAACCAUCUCACCGCGUGGUGAAUCGAUUUGGUGCUGUCUGUGCCGCUGGUUACCUCGGCACCAACCAGCACCAUUAGUGGACGGAGUGGCGAUGCGCCGAGCUUUACCGUCGUAUGAGACGACGGAGGUGCCGCCGCGAGUGUCACACGCGGCUUAUUUUGUUGAGCGCUGAGUUGAGUCAGCUGAGAAUGGUGUGAAACUUUGGCGGAAGAUCUGAGAGUAACCAGCCGCGUUUUGCGUUGUCCAUUCGAAUACCCCGGUCCCCUCAUUUUUUUCCUCCCGCCCCACCCUCCCUUAUGGACCCGUGCUGUAUGUAUGUGCGUAUGUGUGUGAACGUGCGUGCGGCGCUGAGUGUACAGGCUAGUCUGUGUCGGCGGUCUCGAGCGGCUGGACUGAUCGCCACGCGGUAGUGCAGCAGCUAUAGCGGUGACCGAAAGACAUUUCAGUGGGCUGAUCAUCUCACAUUGGCGUCCAGAUUCGCCCAGAUCCGUUCAGUCUCGAAUCGAGCCCUAGUGUUUCGUGCCGUCGGGGAUGCCGCUGUCUUAUACAGACCGCUGUGUCGCACAGCUCUCCGAUCCAAUCAUGCCUUCCGAAUAGCUGCGCCCUGUGAAUACUUUGUCGAUGAAUGGAGAAUUACCGUUUUCCGAAGCCUUGUGCCGCGAACGCCGGUGCCUUGUGUCUGCUGCCUGACAAGCGUCCGCCCACGCGCGCCAUCGAUUUGUUAGAACGGUCAACACAACAGAGGAGUUCUUCAGCCGAACUUUUGUGAAUAAGUGGCGAGUGGUGCUGCUAACAUGCUUACGAAGAAGCGGUUUUAGUGGAUUAAUGGACUGGCGAGAUGAGUGUUAUCUUCCAGCUAGCGUCGAAGUCUUCUACUUAAGUGAUGAGAUAAAUUAAUCUAAUCUAGCGCCGGAAAUCAUGUGAAUGUUUUUGUCUUCGUGCCAUACUCGCCCUGUAUUGCUGAUACUUGUCGGUUUUUAUAUAAUAUAUUAACUUUAAUAUACAGACGUA